AUGGCUACAUUGUGUGUGAAAAAGUAUGUUAUGUUUGUUUGGGGCCUGCUGGAAUGCCUGCUCUUUUCCGGGGUUGUUUUCGGCUGGGAUUGGCUUAUUCAGAUUCUGAAAUACGACGGUUAUUUUUCAUCAUUUUGUAACGGCACAAAUCUAACGGAAAUAGGAUUGUCGACUCCAUCCGUUGACCUGGCCACACUUGGUGCUCUCAUUUCCGCCAGGACACAACCUCCAUCGGAUUCCAAAGAGCGAAACUUACCCGGGAAGAGUGUUAACGGCACUGUUUCGGCCCUCGAUGGGAUUUACCUGGACGGAAUUCCAACGACAAAUGGUCCCGCUCAGAAUGGUUCCCCCGCUUCGCCUCAUUCCCCUUACGUACGGUACUUUGGCAAUUAUACCGACUGUCAGGAGCAGGAAGACCAGUUUGCCGUGAUUUACUGCUCCAUGUACUUUGCCAUGAACAGCCUGACGUUAUUAGCGGGUGUUUUCUUUGAUAAGUACGGCACAAUGAGGACCCGUCUUGUAGCUGUUCUGUUGUUCACCGUGAGCACACUAAUGAUGACGUUUUCCAGUCCAGGUGUUCCUUGGCUCGUCGUGCCGGCACUCAGUCUCGUGGCUCUCGGUGGCAACAUGAUUCUGAUGACAAAUCUGCAAGUGGCAAACCUUCUCAGUUCCCGGCGCUACACCGUCAUGGCUACGUACGUUGGAGCUCAUGACUCCAGCGCUAUCAUCGUUCUCUUUAUGAAGCUUUCACACAUUGGCAACAUCAACGUUCAGACGUCCUUUAUGUUCCUUACUAUCAGCAUUGUCCCACUUUUGGUGUCAACCAUUGCUUUUUUACCCAAAAUUCGAAUCCCAUGGCCUUUGCCUGCUAACUACGGUAAAAAGCGGGGAGUCCAGGUGGACGAAUUGGUGCUGAGACAACAACAGAUGGCGUGGCAGCGCAAAAUGUCAGGCGCUAAUAGCAAAUCGAAACUGAAAGGGAAGCCUCAUUUUCGGUCGACAGCCAUGACGUCAAUCUACAUAUGUUCUCUACUGUGGUUCAGCAUUCAUCGGACAAAAUCCGUGUUCUACAGCAAAAACUUGAGGACUAUCAUAAAGUCUUAUGGUGCAGACGAGUACACAGCUCGGACUCAUGAAGACUACAAUACAGUGGUACAAAUGCUGGGUAUAUUCUGUGCUCCGUUUAUUGGCCUCGUUAUGGACAGACAAGGGGUUCCAGUGCAAGGUUCUUCCCCGUACGUCCGCCAGAUGCAGAACGUUAUGGCCGCAGUCUUCCUGACGACCUUCGUGUCCGUCCUGCUGAACAUUUUAUCCUCAGCGCCAUUGCUAGACGUUCAGAUCGGAGUCUUCCUUUUGGCCUUAAUCCUCCGUGUUUUCACAGUGGCCACGACUGCAGCCUUCCUCACACAUGUCCAUUUUCCUCAAGAACAUUUCGGAAAACUGUAUGGACUGACGACUUUUGUAGCCGCCAUGUUUGGAAUCUGUCUCUAUCCACUGAGAUAUGCUCUGCUCUACAAACUUGACGGAAAUCCUUUUUAUAUUAACGUGGCGUUCCUGUGUUUGUCAUUUCUGGCGUUUGUCCAUCCGGUAAAUAUUUGGAGACACUGUCGAAACGGCUGGAUCCGGGACAUGAGCGCCUCUGAAAUGGAGAGGCGGCGAAAAUCGUCUUGUGCUGACCUUCUCCUUGCCAAGCAACAGCUUCAACAGGGAUCCGGGAAAGACAUGACGGACGGUAGCAUGCAGUUAUUACCAAGUCCGAGUCGGAGCCAUGGAAGUCAGACUGUGUGCGAACUGCAGCCGAGCCCUAGUAAAAGUCACGACAACAUAACGACGUCCACUCAAAGUCCGACGUGGUCCAAACAGUCCCCUAAACGGCAUUCUGAGGCACACAUCACGCCGACCAAAACUCCAGAGGUGGUGCUUACCACAGUCGGGUGUUCGGACGCUGACAUACGUGGGGGUGACGACCAUGUCGACGACACGGAUCUCUGA